AUGGGAAAAGAACGGACGCAGACAAAGAAAUCAGCGGAUGAACCCAGUUCAUAUUGGUGCUCUGUACCUGGCUGUACUGCCGAUGGUCGGAAGAAAGCCAAUUUAGCUGCCUAUCCAUGGAUGAAAGGUGUGACAUUUCAUGCCUACCAAGGACUGCAUCGCAAUCCUUCGCUGCGACGAAGAGUGUCACUGUACUUCAUGAUGGAAGUUUUAUGUAUACUUUUACAAAUUUUAGAACUGCACACAGAUCAUGAAUACAGUAUUGCACACAGAAAGUACCCAGAGUACAGUAAUGCAGAAGUCCACACAGAUCUUUCUGUACAUGACAUAAACAUCAUGGAGACAGAGAGUGCCAGUUAUUCCAAAGGGAAUGUUUUGCGUGAAUUGUUUGUUCAUAAAGCCACAAACUCUGAUGCAUCGGUCAGAAGAUAUUUUGGAUUACCCAGUAUUUCUAUACUUUUGGGUCUAUUCAGCAUACUUGAAAAUGCAUCCAAGAAACUAAAAUAUUGGUCUGGCAAAGAUAGCAUAGAUGAAAAGCGCUAUGAAGAGGACAACGCUAGAAAACCUGGUCCUGAGAGAAAGCUUACAAUGUUCCACGAGUACCUUCUUACGCUACUUAGAAUUCGUCAGGACUUAAACAUAGGUAUUCUUAAGGAUAUUUUUGGAAUAUCGGAGAGUCGUGUGUCCAAAAUCUUCAAUACUUGGAUAAAUUACAUGUAUCGAGUGUUUUCUCCUCAGAUUAAAUGGCCAUCCAUGCAAAAAAUACGAAAAUAUAUGCCCAGGUCCUUUAAGGCAUCAUUUCCUAAUACACGUGUAAUUAUCGACUGUACUGAGGUAUUCAUCCAGAAACCUAGAAGUCCAACAGCUCAAAGCCAGACAUACAGUAACUAUAAGAAUCAUAGUACUUUUAAAGCACUUGUGGGCAUAACUCCAUCUGGAGCAUUUUCCUUUAUAUCCAAAUUUUGA